AUGAUACUAUUAGAAAAUAUAACUGAAAAAUAUUUCAUUGAAACAAAUAAACAAAAAAAUCACUAUACUACUGAUAAUAAUAAUCAAUCAAUAAAAGAUUAUAAACUCAAUCUUAAUGAAUAUUCAUUAAUGGAAUUAGAUAAAAGUUAUAAUUAUUUAGAAUAUCAGAAAAAUAAUAAAUUUAUCACUUUAAAUGACUAUCAUAAUGAUGUUAUUCAAUUGGCUAGUUAUUAUGAACAAAUAUUGAAAAUAUAUGGUAAAGUAGAACUUGAAGCAUUGGCUUAUAGAAUAUCUGCUGCAUGUCAUUCAUGUGAAAGCUCAAACCUAUUGAAUUCCGUCAAUUUCAAUAUACCUACAAAGUUUUGUUCCAAAAAUGAUACCUCUGUUGAUUGUUCAUACAAUAGUGAAACAUUCACCGCUUCAUUUCAUCCACCUAUAACUUAUCAUUUGGAGGUACAUUUAACUAGUUCCAAAUCAAUUUAUUUCAAUCAAUUAUCAAAUCAAUCAAUGAAUUGUUUUCCCAGUGUUAAGCAUCAUCAUUUUAAUUCAUCAUUUAUGAAUAGAUUAUCAUGUAAAGUAUUUGUAGGUGGUGUUCCAAUGCGUGGAAAUCAAGUGACUACAUGGACAAGAGAUCAAUUACAUAAAGGACUAUCUAUUUUUGGUCCAGUUAGUUUAGUAUGGCCAAAAGGUACUAUUGUAAUACCAUCUGUCAUAGAUGGACGUAAUUACAAUAAAGAAUUAUGUGAAUCAUUGUUGAGAAUCGGUUUGAAACGAGGCUAUUGUUAUGCAGUAUUCAAUGAUCAAAGAAGUGUAUCAAUGUUAUUAUCAAUGUGUUAUCGUCGUACUAAAGGUUUCUAUAUCAAUCUAUCAACAUUAUGUCCUGAUUUAGAAAAAACUCGUUUCGAUUCUUUACAAAUUAUUCCAUGGGAUAAACAAGAUUCAUUUUAUCCAAUUCUUCCUAAUCGAAACAGUGAAAGCAUACAUUUUCAAUCUGAAGAAGGAAGAGUAGAAACUGAAACCCGGACAAAAGUUUACUCCAUAUUUGUUGGCGCAUUGCAUGGAAUGAUUACAGCACGAGCUUUAUUUACUAUUUUUAAUGAUCUCUUUAGCAAUGUUAGUUACGCUGCGUUAGAUACAGAUAAGUAUCACUAUCCAAUAGGAUCAGGACGUGUAGCUUUUAAUUCAUUAGAAGGUUAUUUGGCUGCUAUAAAAACCAAUUUUAUUUGUAUUGAAUGUCAGUUGUUUAGUAAAGUGAUACAAAUUGAUCCAUAUUUAGAAGAUGCAUUGUGUUCUAAAUGUUUUUCAGUACCUGGAAUUUAUUUUUGUCGUCAUUUAAAAUGUUUCGAUUAUUUUUGUCCUAAAUGUUGGAUUCAUUAUCAUGGUUCUACAAAUACAACACAUAAACCAUUAAGACGUACAUUAAUCCCUAAUUCAUUAAAAUUUACUAAAUAUUUUUAA